AUGGCAGCACAAACAAACAAAGAUGGCGCGGAGGCCAUUGAGAUGGAGAAUCCACCAAUGACCCGACCGGCAGUGCUUGCCGAAAAGCUCCCAGAUGGAGAUGAAGCCCUUCAGAUUCUUCAGACUGAGUUCGUGGAAUAUAGCGCCGAGGAAGAAAGACGGCUGCGGUGGAAGAUUGACCUACGACUGGUUUCGGUCAUGUUGAUUGUGAACGGAAUUCAGUUUGUUGAUAAGUUGACUAUUAGCUAUGCGGCAACGUACGGCAUGAUCACCGAAGCCCACCUGAAGGGGCAAGAGUAUAGUCUGCUGAUCACUCUGUUCUACAUUGGUUAUCUUGUUGCCCAAUAUCCGACUAAUUACCUGAUGCAACGAUUCCCUACUGGCAAAUACCUGACUGUCAAUUUCAUCCUCUGGGGUAUCACGCUUGCUGCGACUGGAAGCGCCCGAAGCUUCGCAACACUAGCCCCUGCCCGAUUCUUCUUGGGAGUCUUCGAGUCCUGUCUCAACCCUGGCUUCGUUCUGAUUUCUUCAUCUUGGUGGAAGAGAGAAGAGCAGGCAGCUCGUAUCGGUCUUUGGUAUAGUGCGAACGGAUUGGCAUCAGUCCCGGCAGGUGUUCUUUUCUGGGCUAUCGCACACAUUAAUGUUGACAACAUCUUCCCCUAUCAAUGGAUGUUUAUCAUCUUCGGUGCCUUGACUGUCCUUGUGGGAGCCAGUCUGUGGUGGGUUCUCCCGGAUACUCCUCUCACAUGCCAAUGGCUCUCAGACCGAGAGCGAAUUAUUGCUGUCCAACGUCUCAAGGACAACCGGACCGGUGUCAAGAACAUCCACCACAAGAAGGAUCAGGUUAUCGAGACUCUCUCCGAUUACCGCGUGUGGAUGUUGCUGGUUGCUAUCUUCUGCCACAACAUGACCAACAGUCUGCAGACCAACUUCACCGGAAUCAUCAUCAAGGGUUUCGGAUACAACACUUAUCAGGCUGUGUUGCUUCAGAUCCCCGUUGGCGCUAUUAUGGCUGCCUCGAUGAUCCUCGUCGGCUUCUUCCUUUCAUCAAAGUGGGGACAAGGCAAGCAGAUCUUUACCAUCAUUGCCUGCUACAUUCCAGGAAUCAUUGCAUGCGGCAUCCUCUACGGUGUUCCCGUGAAGUCAUCUACUCUUAGCUCUCAUCUCGCCGCCAUUUUCCUGAUCCCGAUCGUUGCCGCAGCUGGAGGCAUGAUGUACUCGAUCCUCGCGGCCAACAUCGCAGGAUAUACCAAGAAGACCGUGACUGGCACACUGUUCUUCUCAGCCUAUUGUGUGGCAAAUAUUAUCUCGCCGCAAACUUUCCUCUCUCGGGAGGCACCCAAGUAUACGACUGGUGUCUUUGUCACCCUUGCGGCUUUUAUCAUCAACAUCAUCCUGUUCUCGGUCUUGUAUGUUGUCUAUUCGAGGGAAAAUGCCGCACGCAGACGCGAGAUUGAGGAAAGUGGGGAUAUGGAUGAUGUGAGCGAUUUAGCUAAUGCGUUCUCGGAUCUGACGGAUCGGCAGAACCGCCGGUUGAUCUACAAGGUUUGA